AUGAAAGUGUGGUUUGUAAAGUGUGGUCUGAGAAACUAAGGCUUGCAAAAGAGAGGAGGUAGGUGGAGAAAAAUGAGGGAGGUGGAGAGAAAGAGAGACACGGAGAGAGAAGGGGAGGGGAGAUAAAAUACGAGAACCAGAACGAAACAGAUGAGGACACAUUCAGCCUCUGCAGCAAGGACAGAGCAGGCGUCACUGGGACAGAGACCGACUGAAGAUAUCUACGCUUCGCCAUGACAACCAUGUCAAUCACUGCUCUGGACUGACAGCUGUCAAUCAACAGCAGAGUACUGGACUAAAUAGGAGUAAUUCCUGUAAACUUACAUAUUAGACAUUUUUCUCGUUUUCUCUCAUUCUUUUAAGCAAAGAAAAGGAGUGAUAGUGAUCUGCAUGCAUUCACGUGCGUGUGCAUUGGUGGAAGUGUGUGUGCGAUUGUCUUGCUCUGUAUCAGGGUCACAGUUUUGCUGGCUCUCAUCCGUCAGUGCCACAACAGGCGUCAAGUUAUAAUCAGUGUACGGCUCUCUUCAUUCAACGGAGAUCAUGAGUGAAGGAAGAAAAGAUUUAGAGAUGAGGGACAAAGCCAUCAUGCGCCAGCAGAGGAGACUAAAGCAGGCCACCCAGUUCACACACAAGGACUCUGCAGACCUUCUACCCCUAGAUGGCCUGAAGAGGUUGGGUACCUCCAAAGACCUGCAGCCCCACAGCAUCGUGCAGCGGCGCCUCCUGGAGGGCAACAUCACACGUAUGCGUGUAGAGGCCCGGGACAAUGUCCGCUCCCCCCUAGCAGACAGCAAGGAGGGUGCAGAACCAGAGGAAAGAAGUGAGAGCACGGUGGAUGACUCAACAGAAGAGAAAGAGUCUCCGGAAGAGAGUGAGAAGAGCCUCAGGUCAGACGAUGAAGAGGAUGAUGAAGAAGAGAGGAAGAAGGUGGACGAGACAGCAUCCAGCUUAUCAGCUCUAGUGGUCCAGUGUAAGUGUGGAGAAGCAGAGGUGAAGCUCACCAUAAACACAGGGUGCCAACACAACCACAUCUCCAAGACAUGCUGCAGAAGACUUGGACUGAAAACCAGCCAUGAAGAAAGGUCCCAUGACAAGCUGGCAUUCAGUGACUCAACGGUGGAGACUGUGAAGUCGCUGCACUUGCAGUUGGGCAGGGAAAAAGUGCAAUGCACCGCUCAAGUCAUAGAGGAAUCAGCGUUUGAUGUGUGCUUGGGUCUACAGACUCUGCUGGAACUCAAAUGCUGUGUGGACCUGAACUCCAGAGUGCUCCGUCUCCACAGCACAGAGCAAGAGUUGCCCUUCCUGGAUCCACCUGCCUGCAGUCAGUGCCAUCACCAUGACAACAACAAAAACAUGUGACCUCAGACCUACGUGCCCUAUGACCGCCCCCAUGUAAUCAAAGAGGAAGUUCAGAGAGGACAGCCUGUGUCUGGACUGUAGUGUCCUAUAGAGUAACUCUCUCCUCCUCAUUCUUCAUUGUUGCUUUAUUUCUGUGCUAUUGACAGAAAUCUGCCAACCUAUUUUUUUCUGCUGUUUUAAACUAUAUUUGAUUAAGUGUUUUGAGGAGGAGGAAGAUUUUUAUAUUUUAAAUUGCCUUUAUUGAAAAAUAACACAAGCACACAGUUAAUCUGAAAGUAAGAAAAUGUGCUCAUCAGGUGAUUUGAAUUACAAUACAAAUAAAUUUAAUUCUUGUA